CUUGUUUUUUUUGAAAUGUGAUAAAUAUUUAGGGGGUAGGGAGUAUAUAUAGAGUAAUAAACUUACCGGUUCACGAGCUCAUUCACCCAUUCACAUCACUCGGAAUCAUUUUCAUGUUCUUUAUUGCACUGUAUCAUCGUCUUCAACCUCUCCAGCCCCAGCUCAGAGUCUCAACCACCGCACUCAUUCAUGGCAUCUUCCUCACCCACCGCAAGCUCACAUCUUUUCACUCCCAAAACGAUCCUUACCCAAACCCCACUUCUCCUUCCUCUCCCUCCCAGUGCACCUCUCUCGUCCAAAGAGUCUGCUCUCUGGUUUGCGAUUCUUAUAACAAUCGAGAAAACACCCACUCUCCCAAAUUGAUACUGCCCGUCGAUAUCGAGACAUUGACUCCAGAACAGUGCAUCACCGUCGUGGCUUCUCUGGCCGAUGAGGCGGGCUCAAUGGCCGCGUUGGGUUUCUUUCAUCGCGCAAUCGAGUGCCCGAAAUUCAGGAACUUUAUGCGGCUUUACAUAGUUUCAUCAAUGUGCUUGAUGAGGAAUGAGAAUUUUGAGAGGGCCCACGAAGUCAUACACUGCAUGGUCAAGAAUUUUGGCGAGAUUGGGAUGUUGAAGGAGGCUGUAGAUAUGGUUUUUGAGAUGUGUAACCAAGGAUUGGUUUUUACUGCGAGGACUUUGAACUGUAUUGUUAUUGUUUCCGGGAGAGUGGGGCGUAUAGAGAUCGCCGAGAAGGUGUUUGAGGAAAUGUGUGAAAGAGGUCUUUGUCCAGAUGCUAUGUGUUUUAAGUCGAUGGUUGUUGCUUACUGUAGGUUAGGGAGAGCUGUGGAUGCGGAUAGAUGGAUGAGCGCAAUGCUGGAAAAGGGUUUUAUCGUGGACAACGCGACCUGUACAUUAAUUGUGAGUGUGCUUUGUCAGAAGGGAUUUGUGAAUAGGGCAUUUUGGAUCUUCAAUAGGUUAACUGAACUGGGUUUUUCUCCAAACUUGAUAAACUUUACUUGUUUGAUAGAUGGUCUGUCUAGGAGGGGCAGUGUUAAGCAAGCAUUCGAGUUGCUAGAGGAAAUGGUCGCGAAAGGCUGGAAGCCGAACGUGUUUACACAUACAGCAUUGAUCCAUGGUCUCUGUACCAAGGGGUGGACUGAAAAGGCAUUCAGGCUUUUCCUGAAACUUGUGAGGAGUGACACUUACAAGCCAAACGUGCAUACGUAUACAGUAAUGAUCACAGGAUACUGCAAAGAGGAAAAACUGAGUCGCGCCGAGAUGCUUCUGAGUAGGAUGCAGGAACAAGGAUUGGCCCCAAAUGCUCAAACUUAUACUUCUCUCAUUGAUGGGUAUUGCAAAGCAGGAAACUUCACACGUGCUUAUGAGUUGAUGGAAGUCAUCAAGAACAACAGACUCUCACUCGGUAUGGCUACAUACAAUUCAGUCAUUGAUGGACUCUUUAAAAAGGGAGAGGUUCGAGAAGCAUAUGAAUUGCUGGAUGAAGGAGUGAGAGCUGGACUCUCUGCAGAUUUAGUGACCUAUACUAUUCUCAUAUCAGACUGUUGCAGGCGCAAUGACAGUGAGCUAGCUUUUGCACUGUGGUGUCAGAUGGUCAAGCUUGGUGUCAGACCCGACAUGCAUACAUACACCACACUAAUUACAGCCCAAUGCAAGCAAAAGAGGAUGAAAGAAAGCGAAAAGCUUUUUGACGAUGCAAUUAGAUUAGAUUUGGUUCCUACCAAGGAAACUCUCACAUCAAUGAUAUCUGGAUACUGCAGAGAUAAAAAUAUCACUUCGGCUAUGAAGUUCUUCCAUAGGAUGGGAGAAUAUGGUUGCGCACCUGACAGUCUUGCUUAUGGUGCUCUGAUUAGUGGUCUAUGCAAGGAGUCAAUGCUAGAUGAGGCCAGAAACCAGUAUCAUUCAAUGAUGGAUAAAGGAAUCACUCCAUGUGAAGUCACACGGUUAACAAUAGCGUAUGAGUUUUGCAAGAAGGAUGACCCUUCCACUGCAAUGGUCCUCUUAGAUGGACUAGACAAGAGAUUAUGGACUCGUACGGUUGAUACACUGAUCCGAAAGUUGUGCAGUGAAAAGAAAGCUGACAUGGCCGCAUUGUUUUUCCACAAAAUGCUAGAUAAAUGCCAAACUGUGAAUAGAAUUACUCUCACAGCCUUCAUGACUGCAUGUUAUGAUGGCAACAAGUAUUCCCUUCUCUCCAAUGUAAACAAAAGGAUCACGAAAGAUCAUCUGUGCUCCCUUAAUGUACACUCUGAGGAGUCAAAGUGAUGUGUUUUCCUAAGGUAUGGAUUUACUAUCCUAGACCGUGAAAGUCUCAAAAUUUUUUUGGCUUUGGGAUAUGAUGGAAUAAAGCAAAUUGGCUCUCUAAACUGUCUGCGGUUCUUGCAAUUGUGAAGUAGCAGUUGGUCAAUGCAACUUUCGACGCUCAUCAUGGGUCAUCUGGAAACAACCGCUCUAUGUUUUAAACAUAGGGAUCCGACCCCCCCUUACCCCGCAAUGGGCGGGAGCUGUUGAGGCACUGGGGUAAUGUUGUUGUUAUUCAUUCUUAUAUUCCAUCAUUUGCUGAAGAAGUGGGGGAUUGCGACUAGUCACACUACAACAAUGUUGAGUUUGAUAUAUAUACACAAAUUAGCUCAAAGUAAAUAAAUAAAAGCGGAACAAACUCCACCUUAAAACAGACCAAAUUUCAGAUUCAACAAACACACUACAAAGUCAGAGACUCAACAAAGAAAACAACUCAGGCUUAAGCGCAACACAAAGCCAUUUCUUGAGCAAAACACGCUAAAUUCAGAUAUUCAACAAACAAAACUACGAAAUCAGAGUUGUAAUCUACAAUCCUAGUUUGUAAACCUAGAGAAUGAGAAUAAUACCCCUGUAGAUCUUUUUGUUUAGUGCCUCUACUCAUCAUCUUAGUGUUGAAUAAUCUGAGACGCGCUUCUUUGUACAGCUUGUGAUCUCACGGUUCAGUCCUCUCCCCGGCUCAUUGUUGGUCGCGCCUCACAAGGAGAGCUUUGCUUCCGCUUCGUACUCAACAAAGAGGACAAGCUUCCAUCCUCUGUCUGCUUCGUUCCCCUCUCCUAGAGCCUUCUGUCUGUUGCAUCUGCUUAAGAAAAUGAGAGUGAGUAG